UGAGCAUCUUGUUGGCUAAUUCAUCAUCAUCAGAGGUCUCUACAACGUCGACCGCUCUACAAUAAAGAAGGACACGGUUAAGGUUUAACGACGCGUUGAGGGCUCCACCUCUCCAAAACAAACACAGCUCACCAUCGCGACCACCCCGCCCACACCAACACCCGAAGAUCGCCAAUGGAUCUGCCGACUCAGUUGCUCAACCAGCCACUGGUCAUUGACAACGGCACGGGCGAGCUGAAGGCCGGCUUCGCGGGCUCCGAGCAGCCGGAGGUGUUCUUCCCAACCCUCGUCGGCAGACCAAAGCACUCGCGCGUCAUGGCCGGCGCGCUCGAGGAUGAUAUCUUUGUCGGACCAGAGGCGACCAAGCAUCGCGGCCUGCUUAAGCUGCGCUAUCCGCUCGAGCACGGCGUGGUUACAGACUGGGCGGAUAUGGAGCGGAUAUGGAGCUACGUAUACACGCAGGGGAUCAAGGUCUCGUCAGAAGAGCACCCGGUCCUGCUCACCGAGGCGCCGCUGAACCCGCGCGGAAACCGACGGCGAGCAGCAGAGGUUUUUUUCGAGACGUUUAAUGUGCCGGCACUGUUUGUCAGUGUGCAGGCGGUGCUGGCGCUGUACGCCUCUGGUCGGACGACGGGUUUAGUGCUAGACUCUGGCGACGGCGUCUCGCACUCUGUCCCGGUUUACGAAGGGUUUGCAAUCACAAACGCGAUACGGCGAAUCGAUGUCGGAGGAAGGGAUGUUACAGAAGAACUAGGUCUGCAGCUACGGAAGCAGUCCGGCGUGGUGUUGCACACCUCCGCCGAGCGGGAGAUCGUGAAGAGUAUAAAAGAGCGGACGUGUUAUGUCGCGCUGGACCUGCGCAGGGAAGAGCGCGAAGCACGGAAAAACGAACGGCGAGGCCCCGCGCUGCCGCUGUCUUCCGCAUCAGCCUCGGCAGCAGCAGGAGGAGGAGCGACUGCUUCGCCCGCGGACGAGUUUGUGCUGCCGGACGGGCACGUUUUGAAGCUGGGAGCAGAGCGGUUCCGCGCGCCAGAGAUCUUAUUCGAUCCGUCGAUCCUCGGACUCGAGUACCCCGGCAUCCCCGAGAUGCUCUCGGAGUGCAUCGGCAAGGUCGACGUCGAUCUGCGCCGGCCGCUGUACUCCAACAUUGUGCUAUCAGGCGGCACGACGCUGCUGCGCGGGUUCGGCGACCGCCUGCUGAGCGAGAUGAAGCAGCUUGCGCCGAGGGAUAUAAAGAUCAGGAUCUACGCGCCGCCGGAGCGCAAGUACUCGACGUGGAUCGGGGGGUCGAUUUUGGCGGGGUUGAGCACGUUCCUCAAGAUGUGGGUGAGUGCGAAUGAGUGGCAGGAGAACCCGGAUCUGAUACAUAUCAAAUGCAUAUAAGAUGAGGUUUUUAAUGUACAGUAUAACUAUUAUAGUGACUUUGCAAUUCUAUCAUUUUUUCGUCAUUGCUGUUAGGGAAAGAGAGCAAGGGGUUGUUGCUGCCGUUUACAGCAGUGUGAACAAGUCGUGACUUCCAAACCCAAAAAUGCGUGAUGUGAGUAGAGCAGAGCUGCAGCAGCGGGAGACUACAAAUAUGUUGAAGAACAGAAAAGACAAUCACACUUGAUGCAAAUGCUGCUUGAAUAAUG